GAUACACCUCGCCCGCCCGUUUGUGGUCCUCGUCGGACUGGUCGAGUUUCCACGGCGUGUACGCAGAGUGCCACUUGCCAUGUUCUCGGUCAUCGCGUUCGUCGUAGUCCUCUGCUGCUCCGUUCAGCGUUGCGCGGCGGACGACGUACGCGCGACGCCAGCCGCGCCGACGUCGACGCCGAACCCCAGCGGUACCGCCUCCACGGAGGAGCUCAAGUCGGCCUCCAACGAGUCCCUGGUCGAAGCACCGCCUCCUCCCACGACGCAGCAGUUGGACCCAGACUACGGCGAAGGCGAAGACGAGGAUGAAGAGGAGCAGCCGGCAAACGACACACAGGCCUCCGGACCGUCUGUGCGUCGCGGCUAUGCGCGGCUGGCCUUCAAUAACUGCGGCGAAGAGACGGAUCCGCUGUUCGUGACGGGCUUCGACCUGGACCCGAACCCCGUGCAGAUUCCUGGCCCACUGUCUGUCGGAAUCCGCUUCAGGCUCAACGAGAACCUCACGUCACCCAUCGCGGUGCACCUUGAGAUGCAGAAAAAGCUGACGCUCCUGUUUGGCCUGUCCACGUGGUUGACGAUACCGUGCCUGCCCAAUGGCGUGGGUUCGUGCACGUACGAUGACAUCUGCAAGAUACACCUUUUCAACAAGCCGGAAUGCCUGGACGUCAAGACGGGGGACGAGAUCCCGUGUCAGUGUCCCUAUCACGAGGGCGAGUGGCGCCUCAAGCCGUCCACAUUCAAGGUGCCCGAACUUCCGCCGGACCUUCCUUCGUACCUGCUCGACGGCGAAUUCGUCAUCAAGGCCACGGUGCUGCGAGACGGAGAGCAGAUCGGCUGCUAUUCCACAGACGUUGAACUCAACCUGUGACCUCGACCCCGCCACAGAGCGUAUAGGGACUCCCAAAGUCGUCCUCCUGUGUGCUUAAUGUCGUGUGCGUGCGUGAGUGUGUCCUGUUAAAGCGUCUCUCGUCCCACUUUUGAUCGACAGCGAAGAGCUCUGCGGAACUGAGGUCGCAGGGCCGCCGACCGUCUGGGGUCACGCUUUCUGUAAAACGUCGAGUCAGCGUCGUCUGCGGUGACUAUUCUUCGUGGUUACACAGCGACACCGAGCCUGAUUCAGGUGAAGAAGUUCCAUGAGCCAACACGCGCUCCGCCACUGCAAUGGUUCACCCACCGGCAUACCUCGGAAUAACGCUCCCGGUUGCCUUUCGUGCAUAUGAAAAUUAGGUUUGUCCAAAUAAUGUCGCGUUUCUUCACCCGAUGCUUUAUCUUCCCGAAAGCGAAGUAAAGCUGAUGCAAGAGGGU